UGUGAGACAGAUAGGACCUUCAAGCUCCAGCCAAACAGAAACCAAUACUUUUCACGCAAAGAUUCCGGCGAAUUUUCCGAUCACUUCUUCCGCGAUGGAAAGAGAAUGAGGUGCUAUCCAACGUCAUGUCACUCUCAUACUCUGACCGCUUCUCCGACCUUCUCUGCGGUGAGGACUCUAGCAUCUUAUCCGGCGACUUGCCGGAGUGCUCUUCAGACCUCGAAUCUCCGGCUGAUAUUGAGGAAUCAAUAGCUGGAUUUAUUGAAGAUGAAAGGAACUUCGUGCCUGGAUUCGAUUACUUGGCCAGGUUUCGGUCACACUCGCUCGACGCCUCCGCUCGAGAGGAAUCUGUUGCAUGGAUUCUUAAGGUGCAAGCCUACCAUGGUUUCCAACCACUAACGGCGUAUCUCUCCGUCAACUACUUGGACCGUUUCCUCUAUUCUCGCCGUUUGCCGCAGCAAACAAAUGGGUGGCCACUGCAACUCUUAUCUGUUGCUUGCUUGUCAUUAGCUGCAAAGAUGGAGGAACCCCUAGUUCCUUCUCUGUUGGAUCUCCAGGUUGAAGGUGCAAAAUUUAUAUUUGAAUCAAAAACAAUUCGUAGGAUGGAGCUCCUUGUACUUGGUGUUUUGGAUUGGAGACUAAGAUCGAUAACACCUUUCAGUUUCAUCGGGUUCUUUGCAUACAAGCUGGAUUCAAGUGGAAGUGUGAUUGGAUUUCUUAUUUCCAGGGCCACGCAAAUUAUCUUGUCUAACAUCCAAGAGGCGAGUUUCCUGGAGUAUUGGCCGUCAUGCAUAGCUGCAGCAGCCAUACUUUGCGCAGCCCAUGAGAUUCCAAAGUUGUCGCUUGUUGAUCCUGAACGUGCAGAAUCAUGGUGUGAUGGACUGAGCAAAGAGAAAAUCAUCAGUUGCUGUCAGUUAAUGCAAGAAAUCACGGUUGACAAUAACCGGAGGAAGCCUCCAAAACUCCUACCACAGCUUCGAGUAACAAUUCGGGCCACAGUUAGGUCGUCUGGCUCCUCAUCCUCAUCUUCCUCAUCAUCCUAUAAGAGGAGAAAAUUAAAUAACUGCUUAUGGGUAGACGAUGACAAGGGGAACGGCGACUAAGUGGGAAAGAACUAAAGCAAAA